UGGGUUCAGGCGCUGGGCGCCGGCCCAAGGGGGAGGAGCUGGGAUCCAUAGGUGGGGCUUAGCCUGGGGUCAGAACGGGGAGCGCGGCCUAAAGGGCGGGGUUAUUACGAGGGCGGGGCUACUACGGGGGCGGGGCCGGGCCUGGGAGAGGCGCCGGGCGGCCUCCACCAAGUGAUCUUAGCAAAGCCGGCGCCUUCCCUGCCACUGCUGCUGCCGCAGCCUCAGUGCCCCAGCACCUGCUGCCCUCGUUCGGCCCCGGGCACCACUGCCAUGCGGCUGGCGCUGCUCUGGGCACUGGGGCUCCUGGGUGCCGGGAGUCCUAUGCCCUCGAGGACCCUUUUGGACACAGGUCAAAUGGGAGAGCAACUCCCACUGCCAGAGGAACUGCCUAGAAGGUACCCAGAGCCCCAGAUUCUUCAGGGCAACCUCACCCUCAACCUCUCAGAAGCACUCCAGGACAGUGUCCCGGAGAAAUUACUGAUCAAACUAGAGCUGGAUGGUAAGAGCCACAUCUUGGAGCUGCAACAGAAUGGGGAGCUGGUCCCAGACACCCCAACCCUUGUGUGGUACCAGUCUGAUGGCUCCCUGGUGGUAAAUGAGGGAGAUACUCUGGAGAAUUGCUGCUACCAAGGGACAGUACAGGACCACCCAGACUCCUGGGCCUCUGUUUGCAUUUGCUCUGGACUCAGAGGGCUGGUUGUUCUAUCCCCAGAGAAAGUCUAUACCUUAGAUCCAGGACCAUGGGGAGGUACCCAUAUCUCCAAGAUAGAAGAUGUUCACCCAAAAGGAGGCACCUGUGCCCUGAAGCCAGGCCCUCAUGUGCUCACCCAGGCACAGUCCGAGCUCAAGCUGGACCUGCAUCAUCUAUAUCGGAGUAAACGGGAUGUGGUGUCAGAGACCAAGUUUGUGGAGCUGGUGAUUGUGGCUGACCACCAGGAGGCCCAGAGAUAUCCAGACCUCCAUCAGCUGCAGACCCGCAUGCUAGAAGUGGCCAACCAGGUGGAUGCGUUCUUCAGGCCCCUGAAUGUACGGGUGGCACUGGUGGGUGUGGAGGUCUGGAGCCAGAAGGACAUGAUCGCCAUGGACAGAGAUGCAGGCAUCACCCUGGACCGCUUCCUCCGCUGGCGUCAGGCAGAGCUGCUCCCUCAACUGCCCCACGACAGUGCCCAGCUGGUCACGACCAACCUGUUUCUGAACUCUUCGGUGGGCAUGGCGGUACAGGGCUCCAUCUGCUCCCCAAGCCUCUCGGGGGGUGUGAAUGUGGACCACUCAGUGAGCAUCCUGGGGGUGGCAUCCACCAUGGCCCAUGAGCUGGGCCAUAGCCUGGGCCUGGCACAUGAUCCCCCAGGAGGCAACUGCCCGUGCCCAGGCCAGCCCCCUGCCAAGAGCUGUAUCAUGGAGGCUGCCACAGCGUUCCUGCCUGGUCUGAGCUUCAGUACCUGCAGCAAAGAGGCUUUGGAAAAGGCCCUUCUGAGGGGAGCAGGCAGCUGCCUCUUUUCUCGGCCGCCACAGCUGGCCCCUCGUCCCCCUCGCUGUGGGAACUUAUUUGUGGAGCCUGGAGAGCAGUGUGACUGUGGCUUCUGGGAGGAAUGCUCUGAUCCCUGCUGUAAUGCCUCCAGCUGCCAGCUGAUGCCUGGAGCUCACUGUGCUUCCGAUGGUCUCUGCUGUCAAGCCUGCCAGUUUCGCCCAGUGGGAUGGCUAUGCCGCCCAGCACGGGGAGACUGUGAUCUGCCUGAGUUCUGCUCAGGAGACAGCGGCCAAUGCCCCUCGGACGUCAGCCUGGGGGAUGGUGAGCCCUGUGCAGGGGGCAAAGCUGUCUGUGCUGCUGGGCACUGUGCCUCUUAUGUUGCCCAGUGCCAGGCACUAUGGGGUCCUGGUGCCCGUCCUGCAACCCCUUUCUGUCUCCAAGCUGCCAACACUAGAGGAGAUAGCUUUGGGAAUUGUGGGAAACAGAAUAAUGGCAGUUAUGUGCCUUGUGCCCCUCGAGAUGCCAGCUGUGGGCAACUCCAGUGCCAAGGUGGUGGUGCCCACCCCCUAUUGGGCACUGCUCAAGAUACACUCACAGAGACGGUUGAGGUCAACGGAACACGCCAGACCUGCCGAUGGACACACCUAGACUUGGGCAGUGAUGUGGCGCAGCCCUUUCUGGCCCUGAUGGGCACUACUUGUGCCCCUGGCCAGGUAUGCAUUGACCAGCGGUGCCAGCCAUCGGUCCUUCUUGGGGCAGAGGAGUGUCGCAAUAAGUGCCAUGGGCAUGGGGUCUGCAACAGCAAUGGGCAUUGCCACUGUGACCAGGGCUGGGCACCACCUGAUUGCUCAAACCAAGGCUUUGGGGGCAGUGUGGACAGUGGGGCUCUGGGCCAGAAGCCUAAAGCCAGUGGUGGCCUGACUGCAGCACUGCUCCUCAGUCUCCUCCUCCUGGCACUACUGAUGCUUCUUGGCGCUUGCUACUGGCACCGUACCCACCUACGAAGAAGGCUUUGCCAGUUCAAGGGGACCAGUUCCCAGUAUAGGGACACAGCAGAAGCCCAAGUGCGGUUUCUCCAUGGGGGUGUCUGUGCCAAUGGUUACAGGACAUCCCCACACGGCCCCCCCGAGCGCCCAGGACCACCUCAGAGGACCCAGGCAACAGAACUCCAUCUGAUGCCCAGCACCAAGUCUGGCGCUCUUGGUCACCCUGACCCCCCUUCCCGGCCGCUCCCGCCGGACCCUGUGCCCAAGAGAAUACAGGCUGCACUGACUGACCGGCCCAACCCCCCCACCCGCCCGCUACCGGCGGACCCAGUGGUGAGGAGCCCACAGGUUCAGGGACCUGUUAAACCCCCACCUCCAAGGAAGCCAUUGCCCUCCUACCCCCAGGGACCCUCUGAAGAUAGUUCCGUGUCCCUGGGCAUGCCCUCACCUUCUAGACCUGCUCCUCCACCCCCAACGGCCUCUGGGGCAGCUCUCCGAGUCUGACUUCAUCCUGGGACGGUGAGACCACUGAGAAGUCACUGUGGGCCUCCAUUUCGCCGGAUCCAACUUUAGGAGCCUGUGGAUAGUGGAGACCUGCCUGUUCUGCUAAGACUGAGAAGCCUCGAGCCCAGAGCCGAGGAGAAGCAUUCUUAUGGCACUAUUAGGGUUCCUGAAGGUUAAGCACGAGAUGGAACCCUGCACUGUAGACUCUGGGAUGGGGGGAAGGCAGGGAGAAAGACCAGGAAUAGAGGGGGUGGGAGUGGGUCCGGCGCUGCUAGGGCUCAGCUGCAAUAAACUGAGACCUGGAA